AUGAUGGCUCAGGCAUUUAAUCCAGAAGUUCUGACGACCGGACACGGGGCACCGGUCGGUGACAAGUUGAACGCUCUCACCCUUGGACCACGAGGACCUCAGCUCCUUCAAGAUGUCGUGUACGUGGAUGAAAUGGCACAUUUUGACCGGGAGAGGAUUCCCGAAAGAGUUGUUCAUGCCAAGGGAGCUGGGGCAUUUGGAUAUUUUGAGGUGACCCAUGAUAUCACCAAGUACUGCAAGGCUGACCUAUUCUCCAGAGUUGGAAAGCAGACACCUGUAUUAGUUCGCUUCUCCACUGUUGGUGGAGAAAGUGGUUCUGCAGACACUGUCAGGGAUCCAAGAGGCUUUGCAGUAAAGUUCUACACUGAAGAAGGAAAUUGGGAUCUUGUGGGGAACAAUACUCCCAUCUUCUUCAUCCGGGAUCCCCUUCUCUUCCCAUCUUUCAUCCACACUCAGAAGAGGAACCCUGUGACCCAUUUGAAGGAUCCAGACAUGUUUUGGGACUUCAUCACCCUCCGUCCAGAAACCACACAUCAAGUGUCUUUCCUCUUCUCAGACCGGGGUAUCCCAGAUGGACAUCGUCACAUGAACGGAUAUGGCUCCCACACCUUCAAGCUGGUGAACAAAGAGGGGAAAGCAGUCUACUGCAAAUUCCACUAUAAGACUGAUCAGAAGAUCAAAAAUCUUCCAGUGGAAAAGGCAGCUGAGCUAGCUAGCUCAGAUCCAGACUAUUAUAUCAGGGACCUGUACAAUGCAAUUGCAAACCGUAACUUUCCAUCUUGGACCUUGUACAUCCAAGUCAUGACAUUCGAGCAGGCUGAAAACUGGAAGUUCAACCCCUUCGACCUCACAAAGGUGUGGCCCCAUAAAGAAUUCCCAUUGAUCCCAGUGGGACGCAUUGUCCUCAAUCGCAACCCAACCAGCUAUUUCACAGAUGUUGAACAAGCUGCCUUUGCCCCCUCCGAUAUGGUGCCUGGCAUUGAGCCUUCUCCUGACAAGAUGCUUCAGGGUCGACUGUUCAGCUAUCCGGACACACAUCGGCACAGAUUGGGAGCAAAUUACCUCCAGCUUCCUGUCAACUGCCCAUAUAAGACGAAAGUGAGCAACUAUCAGCGUGAUGGGCCCAUGUCAAUUGACAAUCAGCCAGGGGCACCCAAUUACUAUCCUAAUAGCUUCUCUGGACCCCGAGAUGUGCCUCAGCACAGGGAACAUUCCUUCCAGGUUUCAGCUGAUGUUGCAAGGUACAACUCUUCUGAUGAUGACAACUUCACUCAGCCAGGAAUUUUCUACCGAGAGGUCCUGAAUGCAGAGGAAAGAAAACGAUUGGUUGAGAAUAUUGCUGCUCAUAUCAAGGAUGCUCAGUACUUCAUUCAGGAACGUGCUAUUGCAAACUUCAGCAAGGCAGAUCCUGAUUAUGGACGUGGUAUAAAGGAAGCCCUGGGAAAAUAUCGUGGAGCCCCCAAAGCUACAUCCCAUAUUUAGGCUUGGUCUAUUUGCUUUCCAUAGUGUCCUUGUUCAUGCCGUACUCUUGAUUGGAAUACUGAUUAAGUCAGGAGAUUGGGGUGGGAGCCAAAGUAAUGACUGCCUUUUCUCUUGUCACUGUUUCUUCAGGUUUCCCACAGACCUGUAAAAUCUUGAAAUAGCAGGAAAGCAAAAUUGUCAAAGGGUUUGGCAAAGGUCAGGGAAGUCACCAGAAUUCCCUUUGGGAGAUUUGCAAAAGUAUGCAGUUAGCAAUCAUGAUCAUGAUCGAUGAAAUCAUGGUUUGAACCAGAUUUCAUGGUGUCUGGUUGUCUGUGCAAUAGAAUUAUGAUUCAAAAAGAAGCAGUAAGAGAAGAAUGUAGUUUAUAGCUAUUCUAACCCUUUUUAACCCUUUUAGUGCCUUAUGGCCGAUUUUUCUGCCAUGGCUUUUCAUUAGGUUUCUUUCAUCACAUAGUUGAAGUUCUUAUUGUUAGAAGAUACAAAAAAUAGGGCUACAGCAUUUUUGGAAGUGGUAGAUGUGGCUGAAAAAUCGGCCAUGUAGCACCCAAAGUGUUAACCAUCAUAGAAAAUAUUUCCUCUGAAAUGAACAAGCAGGUAUCCAGCCACAUUUUAUCAUUGAUCUUUCCCAGUGUGCACCCAUUUAACAAUCACUUGUCAAUUUCAGAGUGCCUUUUAUCAUUAAGAGUGCAUCUGUAUCAUGUAGUUAGAUGCCUCUGCAUAUGCAGCUGAUCCAUUAGCUAACAGCUAGUUUCUUGGGGCUAGUCUGAUACUAUUGCUUUUGUAUAUAUUGGGAAAGAAAUUUCCUGCAGAUAUUAAGAGCAAGUGGACUGGGAGUUGAUCACAGAAAUCAAUACAGGCCAGCAAGUUUUGGAAAAAAUUGUAUUGCCUUCUGAAAACGAAGAUGUUGAAGUGUUACAUAGCUAAUAGCAUGGAUAGUCUCCCUGAACGUUUGUAGAAUCGUUAUUGUGAUGUUAUCUAGUUAAGUUUUUUAUGUUUGAGAUUUCUGCAGCUUCAUGGUCAAAGGAAUGAAAAAUCUUUUUUUUAUAUUAAUGGCAGAACCAAACCAGAACUGUACUUCAUCAUCAGCAUCAUUGUGAAAUCCUUCUCUCUAUUCUGGGAACACAUAUGCAAUACUAGUAUCUCUCAAAUGUAUUGUGUGAGGACAAUAUUUUCAAUGGGUACUUUGUUUCUGGGUAUGAUGUUCUUAUCUAUGAAAUGCGAAUUUGUGAGUCAUUCCCAUUCCUUCACGUGCUUUCAAUAAACAUGUUUUGUCUGAUGGCUCAUUAUACCUAGUGACUGGUGAUAUCUACUCAAAUAAAAAUUGUUGAUCCUUCCACAGGAAUCAUGUAUUCAUGUUCGAAUAUUGAGAGAGUGCAAUAUACGAG